AUGGCGGCGAGACCAGUUGUAAUUAGCGAAGUUCUAUAUUUUUUGGUUGGUAACUUCGACUUAUUUGAUAAUGAGACGUUUAUAAAUAAUACUGCUGAAUUUUUCUCCAACGAGGACUUUAUUGACGCUCAAAAAAUUUUGAAAUUAGAGUUGGAAAAUGUUAAAAUUGAAAAGUUUGAAAAACCUACUUCACGUGGCAACACAAGGCGCGAUAAACUGUUAGUAUUAACACAAAUUCUUAUUUUUUUGAAAGAGGAAAAACUUAUGGAUAAGUGCUCAAUAUUUGCCAGCGUUAAUUUAUCUAAUGUUCCUAACUUCGAAAAUGUCAUCAAAAUAAACUUUGAAAUUCUGAAAAAUGAAUUAAAAAACAUGUUGUACACUCAACAUAACAAACUCAUACAAACACUUGACGUGCACACGCAAGAUAUAACUUCUUUGAAAAAUAAAUUAGUGCAAACAAUAGACGUGCAUACACAUGAUAUGUCGGCGCUUAACAACAAAAUAAACUGUUUGUCGUACAAUAAAGACAAAAAUACCUCGAAACUGAACAUAAACUCAGUUCCGUCAGCAGUUAACUCCGAUAUGAACAAGCAAGCUGUUACCUCCAAACCAGCCAUGUUUUGGUCCGACGAAAUUACGACACCGACUGAUGACAACCCUCUGCCAUACAGCGUGGUCGUUCGAAACAAAAAAAGUGCUCGCACAAACAACUCUCCGGUUGCCAACCAAGUCAACCCUAACGAUCAAUCAUCGCUUAAAGGAAAUCCACCAAAUCAACCUAAUAAAAUAAUUGGUCUAAAAAAAUGCGCCACCGACAAACUUUGUGCCGAGAAAAUCAUAGUAAAAAAAUCGGUAUUCGCAAUGAGUAACGUUAAAAAAUGCAGCAGAAGUAAAGUUGUCGAAUAUUUGUCUGAUAUUGGUAUUAAUGUAUUAUCGUGCUUUCCAGUCAGCAAACUUUCAACAGUUCCUCCAGGUACAACGCUAAACAACGACGACAUCGAAUCAACAAUGUUUCGAGUAUGCGUCAACACUGCUGAUGCUACUAAAAUGCAAGACCCUGAUAACAUGCCCGAAGAUUAUAAUUUUUUAUUCAAAAACAGAUCUAAUAAAAAGGGUGGUGGUGUCGGGAUAUUUCUUAAAUUGGGACUAGAUUAUACACUUUUCGACAAUGCCCUAUCAACGGACGACGUCGCCGAUUGUCUAUGUAUUGAAAUUAAAUUUCACAAAUCCAACGUCAUCGUAUUUGCUAUCUAUAGACCACCUAACUCUGACCCCUCCAAUUUAAUUCAAAAACUUGACCUCGCUUUAUCUAGUCUUAAAACCAAUUCUAAAGUUUACCUUGUCGGCGAUUUCAACUUAGAUCUCUCAAAGGCCUGCUCUGAUAAACUCGUUGCUUCCUUUUCCGAUUUACUGGCUUCCUUCAACUUUGUUCCUCUUAUAUCUCAGCCUACCAGAGUGACUCAUUCUUCCUCUUCUAUAAUAGACAAUAUCUUCACAAGCAAUCUAUCUCAUCACAUUUCUGGUAUUCUUUAA